UUCAGAUGUGUUGGCAUGCACGAACGAGGAGCAUCACAUUGUGUCCAUUGGUCGUGGAUUGAACUUGCUUCUCAGUCUGCCUAAGAUGGAGUCCAAACUGGAAGCCCUUGAGUGCCACUUUACUUGGAAGCUGAAUCCUAUCAAAUUCAGGGAUGAAUUAGAGGAUCUUGUCUCCAACAGUACAUCCAGCUGGAUGGGUCACGUUUACAACUUGCUAGGGUUUGUUUAUUACCAGUUGGACUUGAAGGAUGAGGCCUUGAGAAACUUCAACGAAGCUAAAGACACCUUCUGCCGGCUCAGAAACAAUGAUGAUGAAGGACCCUGGUUGGUGGUGAACUAUGGCAAUCUGGCUUGGCUGUACCACAAAUUGGGAAAAGAAGCAGAGGCACAGAGGUACUUGUCUAAGAUUGAUGAUCUGAUGAGUGAGCACCCCCCGCCAGAGGUCUAUGCUGAAAAAGCUUGGAAUCUGAUGAAGUAUGGCAAAACACAAAAGCUGUUGGCAAUGUAUUACUUCAACAAAGCCAUAAAGAUGCAGCCUGACAGAGUGGAGUGGCAAACAAGCCGUGUGGUGAACCUUGUAAAUAUCUCAAAAGACCUCGGAGAAGUUAUAAGUGCUGAUCUCUGGGAGGAAAUCAGAGAGGCCAAAGAGCGGGACCCUGCAAGCGUGUAUCUUGCUGCUUAUGACUUGAUUAGACGAGCUAAGACAGGAGAGGACAUUAAAGAUGAAGCCCGUAAGCUGGCCAGAACGAUUUUUGACAAACCUCUAACCAAAUACAGUGGCAUUGAGCCAUUACAGUCACUCUUCAAAGAUCAUUUAUCCAUUGAUGACCUCAUAAAUGUGGCUGAAGAAGCUCUGGAAAGACAUCCAGAGGCACGUUUCAAUAAAAGAUGCACCGCUAACUUUUACAAGACAAAGAUCUAUCACACAGACAACAAUUCCCCUAAAGUGAUCAACAGAUCAAUCAGUCUACACCUGGAGGUGAUUCGUUUGUACCCGGAGACCUCAUGGAAAAAGGAAAUAUAUCUUGCGGGCAUUUAUGCAAAGACCAAUCAACAGGAAAAAGCUAAGCAGAAAUUUGAAGAACUGCUGCAAAAAGCUGCUGAUCAGAAUCAUGAGGGAAAACAGAUGCUUUACUAUUAUUAUGCAAGAUAUUUGUAUUUUACUCAAAAAGAAAGAGAAGAAUCAACAAGGUACUACAUGGAAGCUGCAAGAAUACCACACAAGUCCUUCUAUCGUGACCAAAGCAUCAAAGUGCUGGAGAAGAUUCAACACCAAAAUAAACACCCGCUGUGUGAAGAAGUAACACGGUUCCUUGCCGAACUGCCAACAUUGGACUGAAGUGAAACAUCUUCUCAUCUUUUCUUUAUUGGCUUUCCACGGCAUUAAUUAUAUCAAGAAAUUUGCAAUCAAAAACUGUAAAUUUUGACGUUUGCUUUUGGUUCCACUCUUCAAAAUUAUAUAUUGUGUCACAACAAAGUUUUCAGAUCUGAGGAGUUUUUACUAUUUUACUAAGACUUUAUUUGUGAAAAGCAAAACAAACAUCCUUUAAAAAUAAAUUUUCAUUUUGUGUUUCUGGAUGUUUUACCAAUAAUGAAGAUUCUGUGUGACAAAAUUUUUGAUUUAUAAAUUUGUUUCUGAUUUGUAAAAAUCACUGAGAAUUCAAUUUGGGGUCAGAUUAUCUGAGCAGAAAGAUCAUUCAUAUUUUGUUUUAAUGAACCUUGAUAAUUCAUUGUGUAUUUCUCUUUAGCAUAGAGGAGUAUUUUCUGAACGUAGUAUUUGUGUGGGACCCAUGAAAAUGUGAUGUAGAUUUUCCCUUUAAUGUCAAUUUUCAGCCGUGACCAACUUUUAAGGUUUGACAGAUAUUAAAUAAAAUAAAUGAUACAACUGUCAUAAAACUGUUGAUUUCUAAGUAUAAUAUUAAAUCCACAGUGAAUGCAACUUUUUAAUUAGUGUAACAUUAAAGAGUCAGUUGCUGCAUGUUUGUGCAAAGAGGGUUUGGCAUGCUGAAGCAAAUGUGAGAAAAAAUCCAUAUUGCAAA